AUGGUGCCAUUUGGACAAUUAGCAGCAGCAGCACCGUCACCAUCACUUUUUGAUGGACAUAAUCCGUCGUCAACGCCACUCAAAUUUGCAAGUCUUUCUCUAAAUAUACCCGGUGUAUGGUCAACACCAUCACAUAAUGAAGAUAAAUUAAACCAAGCUUUUCGAGAUCAUCAAUAUGUCAUUUUAAUUUUUUCCGUAAACAGCAGUAAAGCUUUUCAAGGUUUUGCUUUUAUAUCAUGUGAAGCUCGUCAUGAUAGUCAACCUAUAGAUUUGAUUUUACCACCCGGCAAAAGUAAUCGUAAUUUUUCAGAUGAUAUUUAUAUUCGUUGGGAGACUUGUCAAAGUUUACCAUUUUGUAAAACAUUACAUUUGUUAAAUUCAUGGAAUGAGAACAAGCCGAUUAGCAUAAGACGUGAUGGUCAGGAAAUUGAACCACGUUGUGCUGAAGCUUUAUGUCGUUUAUUUCCAUCAGAUCCAACAAUCGACAUAAUAUCAGUAACAACAGAAGUUAAAAACAACAAAAAACAUAAUUCAUCUCGAUCUCAGUCACACUUACCAUUUCCGAUAAAUGUUUCUUCAUCAUCACCAUUGGAAACCUCGCCGGCAUCAUUAUUAAUAAUUAAAGGGCAAACAUUAAAAGAUCGUAAUCAUCGUUCAUUACCAAAUCAUAGACAUCGACCAAUGUCAUCAGAUUUUUCAUCUCGUCAUUCAUCGAAUCGUUAUCGUCAUCGAUCACCUUCAAAUCAUAAUCGAUCAUCACAUUCAGAUCAUGGACGCAAAAAUAGUUCAAAUCGAAAACAUUUACAUCGUAGUAAUGAUGAUGAAGUAUCAUACAACAAUACUUACAAAACGAUAACAGAAAUUACUAGUGAAACAUAUGAAAAAUACAUGACUCAUUUGAUUCUAACUCAUACACAGUAUGCUGGAUAUGGUACAACUAUGUUUCCAGCUGGAGUAAGUUUUUAA